GAUACCUUCUGGAGUGGGACCUGGAGCUGCCGGCUGGACCUGUGGGGCAGGAACAGGAAUUUGGAGCGUAGGUCUUGCCCUCUGCCCUGUGACAGCUCCUAGCCGGAGGGUGCAGAGCAGCUGCCUGGGUUAGGGGCCAUAGCCGAGGGGAAGAAGACCACACUCCGAACCUUCUCAUUCCCCAGGCGGCGGGCAUGGGAUGCACUCCGGCUCCAACUUCAGCUGGCUCUGGUGGCCCACAUGGACACAAGGUCUAUUUAUAGUUCUGCCACAGAAGGCCAGCCACCAAACACAGGGGUAGCCAGGGUUUUUUUCAAGAGCUUUUGGGGCAGAGGGAAGAGUGGGAGAGGACAGUCCUGCCUCCUUCUACAUCAUCCUUGGCCACCCCCUCCCGAUACCCACUCCCCAUGAACCCAGACAGUUCUCCAUAGAUAGCCUGCCCUUGGGUCAAGGGUAAGAUCAGGGGUGCAGUCCUGAGCGCAAAUGGACACGAUCUUGUGGUCUGGACAAGGGUUGCAUCAGCCCGAGCAGUGGCCCAGGGCAGAGGUCCCGAUGAGAGGGCAAAGGGUGGCAAGGUUGUGUGAAGGUAGAGAAAGCAGUCGGAGAGUGGGAAUGCAAAUUUAGAAAGCCAGAGCCUCCUUGGACUUCCCACGAGGGGUCAAUCCCACAGGUGGCCAAUGGUUAGUCGAACUUAGCUAGGGGACCUGCCUUCAAUGGUGAGAGCGCUGGACCAGAAGGCUGAUUUCCAGCUCCCUCCUGCCUGGGGUCGCCUCCUCCACUUGCUACAGAAAUUCCUCACUUCCUUCUAGUCCUAGCUGUUGGUGGCCACAUGCUGUGGAGAAGAAAGUCCUUCUGGCUGGCGUUGUCAGCCUUCUGGCUCCUCCUCGUCCUCCUAGGAGUCUUCCCCCUUCGCCUGGCAGUGUUGCCCGGUCCUCUUCCAGGGCGCUCCCAAGGCUGGCCCCGCUGGCUGGAUGCUGCCUUCUUACAGAGUUUCUCCCAGUCUGAGACGAACCCAGAAGAUGUCGCACAGCUCCCUCGGGUCUCUCGGGGAAGCAGCUGCACCUGGGGAGCCUGCUUUGACACCUCCAAGUGUAGGGGAAAGGUCCUCAAGAUCUUUGUGCACUCCCCGGCUGGUCCGACCUCUGAGGCUCAGCGCAGGAUCCUGGAUUCCUUGGAAGGCUCCCGCUACUCUGCACUCAGCCCAGCAGACGCUUGCCUUCUCCUUUUUCUCCCCAGCCAGGAUCGUAGAGGAGCCUGCGGGCCCCUGCCUCCGAACUGGAACGGAGGCCGGAACCAUCUGGUGUUGAGUCUCUACCCAGCCCCUUGCACCAGGCUGGGACAGGCGAUGGUAGCUGAGGCCAGCCCCUCCUCGGACAUCUUCCGACCGGGCUUCGAUUUAGCGCUCCCGUAUCUCCCCGAAGCUCACCCAUUGCGAGGUGGGGCUCCCGGCAAGCUGCAGCAGCACAGUCCCCAACCUGGGGCCACCUUACUGGCGGUAGCAGAGGAGAAAGGCAGGUGGCGUAUCACAAGCACCCACGCCUCAGCCUGCCUCUGGGACAGGCACUGUGAGCAAGACCCUGGACCCCAGCAGACCUACCCAGGAGAGACCCUUCCCAAUGCCACCUUCUGCCUCAUCCCUGGUCACCGAUCUGCCACCUCCUGCUUUCUCCAAGCCCUUCAGGGGGGCUGAUGGUGGCCUGGGGUGGUGGUGAAUGUGUGCAAGCGCUGGGCUCCCCAAUGACUGCCCUGCCCCCCAGGCCGGCUGCAUCCCCGUGCUCCUCAGCCCCCGCUGGGAGCUGCCUUUCUCUGAAGUCAUCGACUGGACCAAGGCAGCCAUCAUUGCUGAUGAGAGACUCCCACUGCAGGUCCUGGCUGCCCUCCGUGAAAUGCUCCCUUCGAGGGUCCUCGCCCUGCGCCAGCAGACCCAGUUUCUGUGGACCGCUUACUUCUCCUCGGUGGAAAAAGUUAUCCAUACCACCCUAGAGAUUAUUCAGGACCGGAUCUGGGGUGCAUCAGGUCACCCCUCACUGAUGUGGAAUAGCCCCCCGGGAGCACUCUUGGCGCUGCCCACAUUUUCCACGAGCCUUCAAGACUUCCCCUUUUAUCAUCUGCAACUGGGCUCUGGCCCUGGGAGCAGUUUCAGCGCCGUGAUCUGGGUGGGAGCCUCUGGAGAGUCCCUGCUGAAGCUCAUCCAGGAGGUGGCAGGUUCUCGGCACUGUGCCCAGAUCCUGAUUCUCUGGAACAGUGAGAAGCUGCCCCCUGACAGGUGGCCCGAGACAGCAGUGCCCCUAACAGUCAUCAAGGGGCACAGGAAGGUCAGCAACCGGUUCUUCCCGUACAGCAACAUCAGCACCAAUGUUAUCCUCAGCCUUGAUGCUCAGAGCACUCUUUCUACCAGUGAGGUGGACUUUGCCUUUGUGGUGUGGCAGAGCUUUCCUGAGCGGAUGGUGGGCUUUCUGUCUGGAAGCCACUUCUGGGAUGAGGCCCAGGGUGGCUGGGGCUACCGUACUGGGAUGACCAAUGAGUUCUCCAUGGUCCUGACCACGGCUGCCUUCUACCACAGGUACUACCACACCCUCUUCACCCACUCCCUGCCUAAGGCCCUGAGGACCAUAGCUGAUGAGACUCCCACCUGUGUUGACGUCCUGAUGAACUUCCUGGUAGCCACCGUCACCAAACUGCCCCCUAUCAAGGUGCCUUAUGGGAGGCAGCACCCGGAGGCUGUGCCAAUGGAUUCUGGGGAUCCACGACCAGUGCCGGAGCCUCAGCCCCUGGAUCAGGACUGCAUCAACCGUUUAGCAGCAGGGUUCGGCCACAUGCCUCUGGUUUCCUCUCAAGUGCGUCUGGAUCCGGUGUUGUUCAAGGACCCGGUAUCGGUGCAACGCAAGAAGUAUCGCAGUCUAGAGAAGCCAUAGGCGAGGCACUGCACCUGUCUGCUAGACACGAGAGAACCAACAGAGAUGGAUCAAAGUCCUGUCCCGGUUGGCCAAUCGCUACAGGGAUCCCUGAGGGCCGGGGCCUUCUCCAGCUGCAGUGGGGUUGCGUUUGGCACGUUUCGCACAGGCCGGUGUACAGGCUGAUCCUGUUCCCUGAAAUGCCUUUCUCUGCAUCUCUGCCUGGUCGACCUAUGUCUGUCAGACCUGCACUCACCUCCUUGGUGAUCUCGAAGUCCUCGCACGAUUCACGCCGAGUGGCCUUGAGCACAUCACGAGGCCCCAGGGCCGGCCUGCAAGCUCCGUAGGGCGGAGUCCUGCUCUCAUCUCUUUGGUCUGGCAGGUGCACUGUAAAUAUUUGAGCAAUAGCUGCAAGAGUAUUAACUGGUGGCAUGCGUGGUGGAACACGGGCAGAAUGUGCACAAGACAUAACGCUGCCCCUUACUCUGGAGUUCCUGGUCCCGGUACAAAGCACACACCAGGAUUUCCAGACUCAAUCAAGCGUGAACAAAGAGGCCAGGAGUCGAAGAUAACCAGAGGAUUCGGUGUCUCGGCAGACCCGGGAUCUUGGGUGACUAGCAGCACUGCACUACCAAUCUUGACCACUAGAGGUCAGCUGCUGCACUACUCUCCCUUCAAAGGAAUGGAGUUUGGUUUUGCUUGACAUUUUGUUGUUUGUUUGUUUGUUUUUGUUUUUCAAGUAAGGGUUUCUCUGGGUAGUCCUGGCUGUCCUGGAACUCGCACUGUAUGCCAGACUAGCCUCAAAUUCACAGAGAUCCACCUGACUUUUGCUUCCCAGGGUGCUGAGAUUAAAUUCAUGCACUACACCUGGCUGCCUCUUGAACUUGGGGGGGGUCAGGAGGGGAGGAGGAGGCAAGACAAGGUCCCAGUCUGUAACCCAGGCUGGCUUGGAACUCACUGCAGUCUUACUGCCUCAGUUUCCCAAGUGUUAGAGUUACAGGUGUGAGCCACAAUGCCUGACUGAAUGGAGUUAAAGACUACGGAUAAAAUGUCGAGCUAGAGGGUCACUGGUGUGUGCAGACCCCAGGAUGAAAACAUGCAAGGAAUACGACAGAACUCCACGUUGGCCUGCAAACUUGGGCUGUUGGCAGAUGGGCUGGUCGCCAGGAAGAGGGCUGUCCUCAGCAUCCUGUAGGUGAGAGUGGAGUAGGGGAGGGGAGGCUGCUUUUCCUGGGUUCGUCCACCUGGAACUGGAAUUAUCGCUUCCGAAAUAAAGCACGUGUCCUUGCCCACUCA